UUACGAUUCUUUCAUUUCUGAUAUUCAGGUAAAGCUUUCAUAUCACACAAAACACACAUCAGUGACUCAUGGCUGCGUCACCGCCUCAGUCCGAUGCUCAGCUGACUCUCCUCCCUCCUCCUCCUCCUCCGCCGGAAUCCGACUCUCAGAUCUCUUCCCUUCUUUACGAGAUUUCGCAACAAGUUCAAGCAGAAAUGGAGGACAUGCUCAAGUCGAUCAGGGAAAUUGAUGAAAACUCUGCUCAGAUAAAUGAAGAGAUUGACAAGUGCAAGGACUCUGCGCUCGAGAAGAAGAGAGGCUUAGACGAAACCAAAGAACAAGUCGAGAAAGCUGCUUAUGCGGUUUUGCAGAUGCUCAACAACAGAGCAUAGCUGUUGUUGGAAGCUGAAAAGAGACAUGUCAAUAGGAGCUGUGAAUCUGAUCCAAAAGUAACUAAAGCUUCUGUCUUUCUGUAGCCUGUAGGAGAACAUUUAUUCUUGAUUAACUCUAACUAGGUCUUGAGUGAUAUAUAAAAUAUGUUUUCGAAAGAGAAAGUAGCCAAAAUGAGGUUGUUAUGAUCUUUUGCAAGUCUUGGAUUGGAAUGAGAUGCUUUUUAAGUUUUUAGAUAGUAGAGUUCUUUUGCGAUUCCUGAUGCCUGAGACACUAGAGGAGAAGACCUGGGCAUGGCGCUGGUUCAUAUGCCCAGUCAGGAUAAUGUGCAUGAAGUUUAUCUUGUUUGUGGAUUGAUCAAAAUAUACUGAUCAAUUUUGAACUUGGCACACAUCCCUCGAUGUAUGUUUGGAUUUUGAUCCAAUAGUGUUGUCGAGUACGUACAAAAUCCUUUGUCCAGGUUACCAAAAAAACAUGCCCCAUUAUUAACAAAAAGCAUCUUGAGUGAUGUGUUUUUCAUCA